AUGGCGACAAACGGCUUUGUUGCGCUUUGUUUGAUCGGGCUCUAUACUCUCUACACGAUAUUCUGUUUGAUUCGAAACAUCAUAGCUGCGAAGAGUAUUGGUUUUCCGGUUGUUUGGAGCCCCAUUAGCCCCUUCAAUCCAUUCUGGAUUCUCUUCAACAAACGAGUCGCGCCCAUCCUUCAACACCUUCCUUUGAACCUGGGCGAUUGGACCAAAUACAAUGCGUUGGAUUGGACAUGGGUUGAUCGGACUCAUGGCAGCUCCCAGGUCCAUGAUAAGCACGGAGAGACUUUUGCUCACGCUACCCCGGGGGAAAUUGAGAUUCAUACCCGCGAUCCUACUGUAGCUAUCCAAGUGCUGCGGAAGCAAGCGAACGACUUCCCAAAGAUAAGCCACUAUGCCAAGAUUUUGGACCUGUUAGGUACGAGCCUGGUGUCUUCGGAUGGUGAUGAUUGGACUCGUCACCGGAAGGCGACCGUCGCCACCCUAAGUGACAGAACCAACCGCCUUGUCUGGGCAGAGAGCGUCAGACAGACCCAACAGAUGAUUCAUCAUUAUCAGCGCAUCUCAAACGGGCUGAUAUCUGAUCCUGUAGAAGACAUACGCGAGCUUUAUCUGCAUGUCUUCACCAGCGUUUGCUUUGGGGUUGCCUAUGAUUUCAAGCAGCCUGAGAGAGAUUCCAUUCCCAUGGGACACUCACAAAGCUACAAGUACUGCCUUCACACUAGUCUCAAGGAUAUUCUCAUUCUUCGGCUUGUACCAAGUUGGGCCAUGAAGCUUCCCGCCCUCCCGCAGAGGAUCAAGAACUUUCGCGAUGCCACAAUUGAGAUGCGGCAGUAUCUCGACGAAAUGAUCAACAACUGCAAGGAAAAUUUCAGAGGCAGCAAGAAAAAGACUCAGAAUGAUAAUUUGCUCAGCUUCAUGGUGAAGAGAAAUAGGGAUUUGGAGCUUGAACCUCACUUGGGCGGGUCCAAAGAUGACGGGUCACGGGCUCUGCUGACAGAAUCUGAGAUUCGGGGAAAUCUCUUCACCUACUCACUCGGAGGACACGAGUCAUCCGCACAUACCUUGACCUUUGCAAUCUAUGUUUUGGCAGCCCUUCCUGAAGAACAAGUCUGGCUGGCGGAGGAGAUCGACGAGAUUCUCGGCGAAAGACGAGAUUGGCGAUCGAAAGAGUCUUUUAUGGACAUUUUCCCACGUCUGAAACGGUGUCAAGCUGUCAUGCUCGAAAUACUUCGACUGUACCCAUCGGUGACAGUUCUUCCAAAGUUCACCGGAUCGAGAGCAACAACUCUUUUUGUUGGAAGCGAAGAUCAUCGCAUUCCAGCAAACAUCAACAUCUUCGUCAACAUGCCUAGCAUUCAAGUCCACGAACCAAUUUGGGGACCGGACGCAGACUCUUGGAAGCCUGGUCGUUGGAUAAUCACAAACAAUGAAAUCAAAGGGCUAGAUGGAGAACAGAUUAAAGUACCCCCUGACGGCGCCUUCCUCCCUUGGAGCGAGGGCAAGCGCGCUUGCCCAGGCAAGAGAUUCUCUCAGGUGGGCUUUGUUGCAGCACUUUCGACUCUUCUGUACAAGCACAGACUGGAAGUCAUUCCUAAUGAGGGAGAAAGCAUGGAAAAUGCGAGGAAGAGGGUCAUGGGAGUUAUUGAUGACACUUACGCUGUCAUGACGGUUCACAUGCACGACCCUCUUUCUGUCAAAAUUAAGAUUGCUGGGAGAAGUUGA